UCUCUUGAGCCUCCGAAGCGGACGACACACGACAAGCCGCAGAGGCUACGGGAGGCGCGAACCACUCAGCACGCUAAAUUGAGACGAUCCUUGCGGAAGAUCUGUUUCUUAACUUUCAAAAGUGUCAUAACUUAAUAAAUUGCAUAAACUUCAUUAGUCGAAUAAACUUCACAAGUUACAAAAGUGUUUGAAGUUUCGCCAAUAUCUUAAGUAUUUUCUUUCGAGUUUACCCCAAGAUUCAUAGUGAGCAGAACCAGCCGAUUGUAUGAUAGGUGCCGACGCUCGGUGGAAGCGAGGAGUGAAACUCGAAGGGCACGGGAGUGACGGAGAACGCGAGCGAGUGAAAAGUCGUGGGCGAUUCUCGUGCGCCGGCCUUCCUUCCCCGACCUCUUCGAUGUGCCAGUGAGUUAGUUGGUGGUGGCGAACCUAACCUAAAAGCAAUUCUUGCAUGCUCGAUCGACCGAAGGAAGGUUCAAACACUGAUCUGCGCGACUUUUCCCCUUUGUGGCAUUAUACGCUUUUCAGGAAAGUGUGUUUGCAAAAACUUGAUUAACUAUUAAUUACGUUCACGUGUUGCGUCAAGAUUGCAUCGGACACUUACUGGACGUUCUCCAGAGGAACUUUAGUUACUUCUUUAAAAUUCAAAAGUGGAUCGCACGGGAGUGAUUUUGGAGUGUGAAAAACACCAGUUUACAAGGUUUAGUUGCUGUUCUAUGCGUCAAAAUGAUGGACACUCAGAACUACUGGGAGGACAACUCCGCUCAUUCCAUGCAGGUGAAAUAUGAGAGCAUCGAUGGAAGAUCAUGCAAAGAUGAGAUGUACAGAAUGGGGAUAGGUGCAGGAUACUGCGAAGGAAAUUUAAAUUUUGCGACAGCCUCUGAGGACGAUGAAGUUUACACCAAGAAAAAGGUCUCACGGCAAGAUCCGAUGUCGCACAGAAUCAUCGAGAAACGAAGAAGAGAUCGCAUGAAUAAUUGUUUGGCUGACCUGAGCAGACUGAUUCCGGCUGAAUAUUUGAAAAAAGGCAGAGGAAGAGUGGAAAAAACGGAAAUAAUCGAGAUGGCCAUUCGACAUAUGAAACAUCUCCAAGGUCUCCGACAAGACACCAAACAUUCGACUGUAAAUCCAGUGCACGCACACCCUGAAGAUAGCGUGGACAGUGUUUCUCAUUCUGCAACGACAUCAACAGCAGCAGAACACUAUAGACUUGGUUUUCAAGAAUGCCUAAGUGAGACUAUGCACUUUCUCGUGGAGGUCGAGGGCUUCUUUGCCAGAGAUUCCUUAUGUGUGCAGCUCAUCAGCCAUUUACAGCAACACUGCGAAAAAAUUUUAGCCACCAGUGAUAGACUUGGCUUUCCUCAUCCAGACCUACCAUCAUCAACCGGAUCACCAAAUGCGAAUUUUCCUCACUCCACAAUUCCUACAAUGUGUCCUCAGAGCAACCAAUCAUCCGACCACUGUUCGAGUUCAGGAGUGAGUUCAUUCGGCGACCCAGAACGUUCAAGGCCCAUUGUUCCACCGCCAACAAUUGUCAGCGAUGACAGCAACCAUAGCACUCAUUCUCAUAGUAUGCCAUCCGUUUCGAAGCCUCCAAACUACAAAUUCAAAAGUUCCAUCAAACAGAGAUUUUCUGCAGAGAGGAUAAAGUCUAGUCCACCCCCGGCUUCUGAUAAGCCCCAUGGGGUGCCCAUUUUUGCACUUCAUGACGGUGGUUCCUUCUACAUCCCAUUGACUGUUGAAUCCUCUCUGCUAACGCCACAUCUCACUUUUAGCCCGGAUACCGGUCCAGAUAUGGUUCUCCAUCCGGUCACUAUUUCCGUCAACUUCAAUCACUCGUCACCACCUGCGUGGUCUCAUCAUAGUCCAACUCAUCAGCCCUAAAUAUGUGUUCAAGUUUUAUUUACACAGCGUAUUAUUAUGUAGAAUCUUGAUCUUCCAUUAUGCUGCCAUUAGGAACUGUUGUCCAAUUUCUAACUGAUUUGGGACUUUAAGAUUGAAACAUAACCUUAGGUAAGACAGUUUCGGGAAACGAUAAAAGCGGAAAUAUUAGAAAUUUGACAACAACGCUCGUUUUUUAAAACGUGAAUGACAGCUAAGAUUUAGAACGAAAUCGACUUUGAACCUCGACAAGUCCAGUAUUCCUGACAAAUCUUUUUUCUGAGGGUCUAUUACGUAAAGUGAGAAAGAUUUGGCAAUAUACAUUAAAGGAUGUCGACAUGUUUUGUAUAUUUACGAGGCUGUGGGUUGCUUUAGCAUUUACUAGCUUGAGAAAAAAAAUGAAAAAGAGACGACAUAGAAAUUUAUCUUCGAGGAUUCGUACUUUAUGGUACUUGACAUGAAAUGAGGAUAACUUUCAGAAGAGAUUGAGGUUAAAACACAUCCUAUUCAAGCUUCAAUUCGAGGUUAGAAGGAAUUAGUUUAAUCCAACUUUUUAAUGUUUUUUAAAUUAAAAAGUUUUCAUGAUUCUCCCGAAUUCGGUAGCAUUCCUGGAAUAUGAUUGGCUGUUUUAUGUUACGCAAUGAUAAAUUAAUUAAAUUAAUUUUUGCUGUAUACAGAUAGUCUGAAGCGAUAGUCACUGUUGUGUUGCCUGUUGGUUGGUGAUUGAUUACAAGUCGUGCGACUUUUGCUAAUCAGUAUUAAUUUAUUUUGCUAAUUUUUCGCCAUUUCGAUUUUUUGUAAAUAUACAGUUAUGAGAACCGGUAAAAAAAUUUUCACAAAUAGUCCCUAAGAAAUUGUCAGAAACAUAUUCGGUUGUAAGUUCGAGAACUUGCACAGAAAUCUCAAGAAAGAAAUUAAGAAGAAAAAUAGUUUGAUAAAUAUUUGUACGUUUGAUCUCACACUCUCUGGAUGUUUUUGCAAAAUUUGUUGGGAACUUUGGACAUAGACACCAACGACGUGUUGUGUCAACGAAGAAGUUGAAUUAAGAUACUUAUAAUAAGGUCCACGAAUUCCAUAACGUGAUCGCGUGAUUCGCGAAGGAAGAAAGUGUUUCGUAAAUGUUCGAACGAACACUUUUUGUAUAUAUAAGUCCGACGCAGAAAUGGUCUGCUCGACGCCCUGACAGCGGGCCUCAGCAACAGAAGACUGACCGAGACCUGCAUUACACUAAAUUCUUGUAAGAUUAUUGCAUUACAUAUAUCUGUACAUACCACAUCUAGUUGUAAUAUUAACGAAGAGUUCAUGCGAGAAUAAAUUAUAUUUACCAUAA